AUGGCAGAAAGAAGUGUUCCUUCUCUUCUCCUCAUCACUCUCUCUCUACUUGGGCUCAACCUUCAUGCGGUGGAGGGACACAUCAAUGCAAUUUAUGUGUUCGGGGACUCGACGGUCGAUGUGGGGAACAACAAUUACCUGCCCUUGCUGACCAGCAGGGAAGCCAAGGCUAAUUUCCCACAUUAUGGGAUCGACUUCCCCACCUCGACGCCGACCGGCAGGUUUAGUAAUGGCCUCAACGCUGCAGACCAGUUGGCCAUAUUGUUGGGCUUUCCAAUGAGCCCACCACCUUAUCUCUCUCUUACGCCAGAGAACUUCACCAUGCAGAUGUUCAGAGGGGUUAACUUUGCAUCAGGGGGAUCAGGGAUCCACGAAUACACUGGAUCACGUUAUAAAGUCAUUUCUAUGGCAGUGCAGAUCCAAUACUUUGCGAUGGUCAGCGGUAUCAUAACAAAAUUAAUGGGUCCAGUUGGGGCCUCAGAUUUCCUUUCCAGAUGUCUAUUCCUCAUCAGCACUGGGAGCAAUGACAUGUUUGAAUACUCCUUUGCCAAGCGUAGCAGCCGCGACGAUGCAAUGUUCUUAGCCGGUCUUACCUCCACAUACAAAGAGCAUUUAAAGGCCUUGUACAACCUUGGAGCAAGGAAAUUUGGCAUAGUGAGCGUCCCACCAUUAGGAUGCUGCCCAUCUCAAAGAGCAAGAAACCACACAGGAGGCUGCUACGAGAUGCUGAAUGGGCUGUCCGGAAAGUUUUAUCCGGCCAUCGGAGAAGUCUUGCAAAAUCUACACUCGGAGUUGCCGGACAUGAAGUAUGCUCUUGGAAACAGCUUUUCAAUGGUCGGCUCUAUCUUGGAGAGCCCAAAGCCAAAAUUUAAGGAGCUCAAAUUUGCAUGUUGCGGAUAUGGGAAGUUUUAUGGAGAAUACCAGUGCAAUCAGACAUUUCCAUACUGUGCUAACCGGACUGAGUAUUUGUUCUGGGAUUGGUUCCACCCAACACAGGCUGCUUCAGAGAUGGCAGCUGAAGCUCUCUACGGUGGCUCGAAAAAAAUUGUCACCCCAAUGAACUUCAAGCAAUUGGCUGAGAAUGACCGUUAGAGGAAG